AUGCAGAGCUCCGACCUCGUCACGGGCUCUGUCGUCGGGCUCGGGACGCUGGACCUCGCGCUGUGUGCUGCCUAUAUGGUCUCUGUCCUGCUCGUCGGCCUCUUCUUCACUGUCCGAGAGCAACGUGCGCGUCAAGCGACUUGUCGCAACGACAAGACGCGCGAGAGCGCUACGCCAGUCGAGAAAUCGGAUCGUGUUUUAGAGGAAUACUAUCUAGGGGCCCGUCAGAUUCCCUGGUAUGCACUGGCAGUGGCCGACGUGAGCUCGUACAUUGAUAUCUCUGGGACGAUGAUCAAUACAGCGCUCGUCUAUGCGCUCGGCGUGAAGGGCAUGUACGUCGAGAUCCGUGGCGGGCUGUGCUUGUUCCUGGCCUUCCAAUUGGCCUACACGGGCAACUUGUCGCGUCGAUGUCAGGUCAAGACGAGAGGAGAAUGGAUCAAGUUCCGGUUUGGAACGCACACUCAUGCUGUGCUGCUGCGGACGAUGAUCGCGGUCACGGCUUUGACCAGUGGCGUCCUUGCGACAACGUACUUUGCUGUAGGCGGAGGGAAGUUUUUCACUGAGUUUGUACAGCUGCCAAAGUGGUUUGGCCUGCCGUCUGAAUUCUGGGCCGCGGCUACAUUGAUGGUCGUAGCGAUCUUGUACACCAUCGUGUCCGGCUUCUCGACCAUUGUGUACACGGACGUGUACCAGAGCCUCUUCAUGUUUGUGUCGUUCGUCACUGUCGCGGUGAUGGGCUUCAUGGUACAUCUCCCGGAUCACUUUUCGGUAUUCCUGCCGGGGAGGACGGUGCGUGGAGAGCCCGAGUACAUCGAGGUACACACUACACGAAGCGCGUGGGUUUCAGCUGUGCCGCCAAGCUCCUUGGGCUUACCCGACGAGGCCUCUUUUUCGAUGUACAAUUCCUUCGGCCUUGUGUUGAUCUCCUACUCAUUGCUUCAAAUGAUGCGGUCAGCAUCUGGGCCGGGUGGUUCAGGCCUUCAGACCGUGCUUGCAACCAAAUCCGAGCGUGAAGUGCGAUCGCAAACAUUCUUGGCCAUGAUGUUGUUGAGUCUGCGCUGGGCCUUCAGUGGCGGUAUUGCCGUGAUGGGCAUUCACUAUUCGAUGCAGCAUGCUGGAGUGGUGCUUGACCCGGAGCGUGUGGUGCCGGUCGUGAUUGACAAAAUGCUGCCAGUGGGCGUAAAAGGGCUCGUCUUGGCAUCGCUGCUAGCGGCAGCGCUGACUACUUUCGACACGACUAUCAACAGUGCGUCGUCGUACUGGACAGUGGAUAUCUAUCAGGCUCUGAUCAACCCGAAUGCGUCCGAACGUCAACUGUUGUGGCACGCGCGGUUGUCCUCGGUCUUUGUGAUGCUCGCUGGUCUCUUGCUCUCACUCGAUGUAAGCACCAUCAACCGUAUCUGGGGCUUCAUGACCAUCUCCAUGGCUGGUGGUCUCAUGUGGCCCUUCUUCUUUUCGUGGUACUGGGCGCGCUUCAAUGCAUUCAGCUGUUUGCUCGGGGUCGUCUCGGGGUACAUUGCAGCAUUUGCUGUGUUCAUCUUUGCGCCGCUGCUUGAAGAGCUCCAGGCGUUCGUGAUCGUAUCGUCGAUUUCCGGCGUCAUCUCUAUUGCUGUCUGUCUUCUGACUCGGCCCGAGUCAGAUAAGGUGCUUCGGCAAUUCUACCGCUUUGCUCGUCCGCCGGGUGCCUGGAGCAGCAUCAAGCACAUUUGCUUCCCAAAAGAGAUGAUUGCUAAAAUCGACGCGGAAAAUUAUGCUGAUCUGGCAUGCUCAGGGCUGAUUGUCAUCGCUCAAUUGGCGCUGUACGUCUUGAUGGUGAGUAUCGUCGUUCAGGCGUGGACCCAAAGUCUCAUGCUUGCGGUUGUUCUGGUCAUCACGUUGCCACUUAUCUACGUGAAAUGGUACAUCAAGCUGAAAGAUCGCUCAACUGGCGCGUGCAAGGAUGAUCUGAACGCGUCACUGCUGGGUCCUGCUUGA